AUGUCGGACAACAACAAUAGCCCAAACACGACUUUAGAUGAUAGUGAUGUUAACUGGAACUAUGGAGGCGAUGCCUGGGGAACGAAUCAUACGAUCGAUCCACUAAUAGGUCAAUACCACGAAGGUACGUUUCACAGUACGACGGUGAAUCAAGCUUGGGCAAGGCUUUGUUGGACUGGCACAGACUUGAUUGUUUAUGGAGCUAAAAGGAAAAAUCAUGCGCUCUAUACAGUAGUAGUUGAUAACGGUGGAAUAGAAUGGUUUGAUGGACAAUCAGAUGAAUCUCAGAUUCAAGCCCAACUUUAUGCUUCUCAAGGUUUAGAGUGGGGUAAUCAUCAAAUCGUACUCACGAAUAUGUUCAAAGCCAAUAUGACGACCAAAGACUAUGUCUGGUUCGAUAUUGAUUACGCUCAGCUAUCAGGUUGGCCAAUCGACUGUAAAGAUCUUCCUCAAAAUACAGUUACUCCUUCUGGAACUAUCGCUCCUCCUAUCACCAGCAGUUCAAUGGUGAAUUCCGCCGUAUCUUCCACUUCUCAACCGUUUAAUUCUUCUUCUUCUUCUUCUUCAACAAGUAAUGAUACUUCUGUCUCUGUCAAUGGAACUUCGACUUCAAAUAUAACAUCCUCGGCGAAUUCUACUGCAAGUUUAACCAAAGUUGCCACGACUGCCAACAGCUCAUUUACUUUGACUGGGGCGAUCACAGUUCCCAGCAGUAUUAGGCCUACCACUACAAUUACUAUGAGCUCAUCUACUUCGGAGAGUCCCGUACCUCCUACUACUGUUAGUAACAAUUCAACAGUCAAUUCCACUGGUGCGCCUAAUGCAGGUAUGGUGCUUCGGCCAGGCUCUGAAGGGCACUUGGCUUUCGCAAUGCUAUUGGCAGCUUUACUAAUGAAGUGGCUGUGA